AUGACAGACAAUUAUGAGCCGAAGCUUACAAAUAUUGAACAAAUUUUUGCAAACAUGUCAAAAGAAUAUUUAUUGGAAUCUUAUGAUGAGCUUCGUUGGUUAGCACCCGAGAAAAUUUCGGAAAAAUUAAUAACAAGUUAUUACAAACCGUACACACAAAAAUGUGAGAUUUUUAGUUUUGGGAUGCUCAUGUGGGAAUUAGUUUGUCAAAAAAUUCCAUAUAAGAGUCAAAAUGUUAAUGAUGAAUUAUUAACUUAUAUCGUUAUUCGAGAUGAGUUUAAAGAUUUAAUUGAACUAGCAUGGAAGAAUUGCCCUGAUGAAAGGAUUUGCUUGAGUACAUUAUAUUUGAGACUUUCAAAAUUGUCUUCAAUUGCGCAUUCUUCGGCAACUGCUGACUCUUGUGUCAAUAGUGACUUAAUAUCACAUAAAAGCUCACAAGAUAAUUUCAGACAAAGAAUAUACGGCGAAACGGCAGAAAUUGGAAAUGUGACAGCAUUAUUUAAUUUAGAUGUUUAUUUACAUGGGAAGAUGAACGUUAUUAUGGACAAAAGUAAGGGAUUAAAGUAUUUAAAGUUGGCAGCUUUGAAAGGUCAUAUGAGAGCUAGUGAAAUGCUUAAAAAUAAUUUGGGUAUUGAUUUGCUUGACAUUGUAUAA